AUGUCAGGGAAAAUAGUUUUGGGAUUUGCUACAGUAAAUGAAAUUGUAUAUGUAGUUUCGAGGGACAAAAAGCAUGAUUGUAUUCGUGUAUCCUUACGUGGAGACGGAAGGGUUCACUGGAGGGAAAAAUUAAACGUCAUGCCGGACAAGAAGAGAACAACGACCUUUCACGGGAAUGAACAGUUUCUAUGCGAGAGGAAAACAAUAUGGGGAAAGGAGCCCCAUGAAUCUGGUGAAAUACCGCUACUACAGGCUGGGCAGUACUCUUUCCCGUUUUCCUUCGUAUUUCCAAAGGACUCCAAUCUGCCGUGUUCAUUUGAAUGUGGUAAAAUUGCGUUCAUAAGGUACUACGUGCAGACAAACAUGGAUAUAUCGUGGGCCGUAGACCCAGUAGCUGAGAGAUACUUCUCUUUUGUUGGCAGUCCAAUUGACUGUAACCUUGUUGGCUAUCAGAAAACACUUCACGCUGCUGAUCGUAAGACGCUGUGUUGCUGUUGGUGUUGUGGACGUGGCCCGAUUGCGCUGAAGGCGGAAUUACAGCGAACAGCCUACUGUCCUGGGGAAUACAUCAAUAUCAAAACGAAACUGGAUAAUAACUCAGACAAGGUUAUGAAGUUAGGAGUAAAACUUGUACAGAGUGUAACAAUUAAUGCAGACUCACCCAAGAAAACAUCUAAGAGCGGCUCUUAUGAGAUUCUGGCGUACACAAGUCCAAGAGUACUGCCCUACCAAGAAUACACGUUACACACAGCGCGCAUGAUUCAAAUCCCAGUGUUGCCACCAUCUGUUACGACACACGUGAUACAAAUGAAUUACGUCAUCGAGGUGUCUCUUCUUAUUGACGAAAAAAACGAACUGGAAAUUUAUUUUCCUAUUGUCAUUGGUAACGUGCCUUAUAUAGACGUCUCGCCAACAGCAAGUCCCAAAGAAAUCACAUAUGGUCACACGGCGCCCUCAUCGUGUGGAGCCAUGACAGAGGACAUUCAGUACAGUGACGGGGAAAACAUUACGCAGCUGAAACCAUUCGCCCCAUUGUACGUGGUGUUAGCCAACACACCGCUUUUCCACUCCUCGAACGGGAACUCACUUGUGAAUAUCAAGCCUAAUGAGAUGGUACAAACGAGGACAAUCACGCGGAUUAACAGCAGGGAAAGAGACGGUGUAUUCAUCCGCGUCAACUCUCGACAGGAGUACUCCAAUUUGCCGAAGCUACGGGCUGUUCAAUCCGUGCACAAUACGACCACUAAGACGGAAACUGACAUUUCGAGGAACGCCCCCAUAAAUAAUACGCACACGCAUUUUGGUAAACACGGAACAAGUAAUCCGGAACACCCGAGAAAAAGAUUCGGAAUAUUUCCCACUUUUGGGGGAACAAACUUCCCGGUUAAAACUGAAUGCAACGGAAUUAAUAAAAGAACAACACAUUCUGGGGGUACCCAAGACACAGAAGAACACGAACUCUUGACAAGAAGCCAGGUAUCAGUGUCCAGUACCAGCUUACCCAGCGAACGGCUCCCAGAACCGCCCGAUAUCGACGCUUUGGAAUACGGCAGAGUUGUGCGACCUAGAGACCCGCCUUACAGAAUAUCCGGGCAUUAUGUGUGA